AUGGCCGAAGUCGAGCAUGCCCCAAUCGAGGAGUCCGUCGCUGCGUCCGAAGCUGCGGAAGACCAGACUCAUAACGUGACGGCCAGCGCGACGGUCGGUACAAGACGUCAAGCUAAUGGCACCAUUGGCUCGGUCUACUCUGGAAACAAGAUCAGGCACCUGAAGAAGGAGGAUGGAAUUCCUCUGUGGCGCAAAGACAUCCAAUACCAGUUCCUCAAACUCGUCUUUGAGGAUAAGACCCCCGUGUUCACGCGAUACCCCGAUGGCAAGAAGAACUGCGACUUCGCGGACAUUUAUAUCGAUGCCAUGGCGAGGAGUAGCAAGACCAGCAAAAUUCUGAAGGACAAGCUGCAAAAUGACAAGCCGGCUGCUAUCAGCAUGGCGAUGGUUUGUCUGUUGGUCAACUUUGGUCGCAUGAACACAACUCUCAACUUCUUCCCCGAAAUGCGUGCUCAGUUGCGAACCUACCACUCCAUCCCUUCCCUCCAAGCCCACCAAGAUUCGAAUGCCUACAAACAGCUCCAGGAUGCUCCGCGUCUGAAGUCCAUCUUGAAGGGUGCAUCUGAGGACGUCGACCAACCUAAUACAUUGGAAAAAAUCAAGCGACAGGCACUUCCUCGAACGAACCCCGUGAAUCUCAUCUUUGUCCUGGCGCAAUAUGCACCGAAGGUGUCUGAGAUGCAUUUCUUCCCUCCUCGCGACUUUUUCGAUUUGGUCAUGCGGUCUACAUUAAGCAGCGAGACUCGCGCCAAGGCCUUCUUGUGGCUUAUGUGGUGGUACUUGGAGAGUGACUUUACACGCGAAGCUGCGAUCAACAAUCCCUUUGGCGCUGGUUUAGACGGCGAAGGCACCGAUGGCCUCCCAAUAAAGGUUCCCGCUUUUGAGAGCUUGACGGAGGAUCAGGCCAACCUGGAGAAUGUGGAUACACCAGAAGAAUUGGAGUAUGGUGAAUCCAAAAGACUAGAACGAAAGCGUAUUCUGGAAGAGGAUGAGCCACUUCCUCGUGUUCCGAAGCGCUCUAGGAAAGAUUAUGGUCUAGACGAGGAUUCCUUUGCCGCAGACUACUCUGGUCCAGGAGGUCGUGGUUCCGCUAUGUCUACCCCUCUUCAUCCAUCUGCGAAGCGCAGCCUGGAUGAUGAUGACGACGACGAGUUGACUCCUGGUUACUCGCGACCACGGAACAAGCAGGCCAAGCGGGACUCUUCGCUCACUCGCGCCGUUGGUCAGCAGCGGUUGAUCUUGAAGACUAGACUGGAUCAUACUCCAGAUGCUUCACCGGCACCCCCAGGCUCUAACCAUCCGGUGCUGAAUCGCUUCAUCGCCGAGCCGUCCCUUUCUCAUGGCUCUGGACGUCGACCCCGACCACUCACCCAGCACCAGAUUGCCGUUGAACAGAACCGUCGACAGCGUAUCGAGUAUUUACUUGCCAAGCGCAAGAGCAACGCAUAUCGUGUCUUGCGCCACAAGCGGAAUAACGAGAUCCCUUGUGUUCGAUAUGGUCGUCUCCUGCAGGGCUUGCCAGAUGGAUACGAUACCGAAGACGAGGAGAAGUCAUGGGGCAAGGGUGGUCUGCUCCCCAAUCCCAACGAAGAGGAUGAUUUUGGCGAGUGCGCCAGUUUCUUCCUCUCCGUGGUUCGGAAGGCUUCGCGUCGCCUAGACAGAUGGGACUACGAAGACGCCAAUGGACCCAAGAAGGACCGUCAAAAGGAGCGCGAGGAGCGACAGAGGGCAAAGGCUGCUAUCGAAGCGGACGUACGAGCUAGCAGCAACCGUGCUCGCCCUCGAGCCCCUCGAGCCGCUGCGAAGCGCAAGUCUACUGGCCCAACAUCCACACCUGGCACUGCCAAGAAAACAUCAGGAUCUCGUGCCAAAGCUGGUCGCAGUCGUCUCGCUACCGGAGGCUUCGAAACCCCAGCUGCAGGUACCCCGAACUGGGAUGCUGAGAAUGCUGCCGGUGAUGAGGAUAUCGAAGGCGAGCUGGAUGAACUUGACCGCGAGCUUCUGGGUGAAGGAUCUGGCGAGGAAGAUGGUGCCCAGGGUGCCGGAGAUGGAGAGGGCGAUUCCUCUGACGAAUCUGGUGAUGACGAGGAUGGCGAUGAGAACUCGUCCACCUACGAUGGACCCAAUGGCUAUGCACGACAUGAAAGCUCCUCGCCUGUUCCGGAGAGCCGGCGCGAUGGUGGAGACGAUGCAAUGGAGGAGUAAGGAAUUCGGCGAUUACCAAAUUUGUUUUAUGAUUAUACUAUUCUGCCUGUGAUUGGGACUUUUUUCUUCUGUUGGUUGAACAGUGCUUUUAUUGAAGCUAAUUUAUGACCUCUUCUUGUGAUAA